AUGAGAGGAGGUAGUUUGAAACGUUUCAAAGCAAGUGGGGGUCCGAAUCAAACGGGAGUUGGUAUUUUUCGUUGGAGUGCGCCACCCCCGUUCUACGAACCAGGUGUACCAGGCGACAUUCCACCACAAGUACGAAGUGGUAUGAGACAAGAUUUUUUAAAGGUAGUGAAGAAAGAAUUUAAAAGUGGAUUGAAGAAGCGAUCCUUGUCAGAAGUGGGACGCGGAGCGAAGAGGGGUGCUUCUAUAGCACUCAAGAACGAAGUGAACCGAAAAAUCAGGAGAAAGUUGAACGAUAUCGUAUCUUUGGAGCCUAAAAAAUGA